AUGGUUGUGUCUCCAGGAGAAGGGAGGGGACACACACUGUCCUUUUCCUUGAGGUUCACCACACCUAUUUGCGUGUGUUCAUUGCAGGGUCCCAUGUGUGAUCUACUACUACUCGACCGUGGAGGCUGGGGCAUCUCCCCCCGAGGUGCUGGCUACACCUUCGGCCAGGACAUCUCUGAAACCUUCAACCAUGCCAAUGGUCUUACCCUUGUUUCCCGUGCUCACCAACUUGUCAUGGUGGGAUACAACUGGUGUCAUGAUCGCAAUGUUGUCACCAUCUUGUCGCCAAACUACUGUUAUCGCUGUGGAAACCAAGCUGCCAUAAUGGAACUGGAUGAUACUCUUAAAUACUCUUUCCUUCAGUUUGACCCUGCACCACGACGGGGAGAGCCUCAUGUCACCCGCCGCACACCUGAUUACUUCUUAUAA